AUGUCGGACCUGGAAGGGCUGGACCAAAAUCCCUACCACUGGAAGGCCCUUGAUCAUGGUUCUUCACCCACCAGGGACUCACCUGCUUCAUCUCCCAUCUCUCCAUAUGCCACAGGCACUGAUACGUCCAUGUCAAUGCCCUCUAUUCCUUCAGAUGCCACCAGUGCGGCAGCCAGCCUGACCGCCUCUGCUCCUUCAGGUGCCACUAUCAGCCUGGUGAACGGCGGGAGCCGCUGCGAGGGUCGCGUGGAGAUUUCCCACUCUGGGGGCCGGGGCACUGUCUGUGACGAUGGCUGGGACCUGAGCGAUGCCCAGGUGGUGUGCAGGCAGCUGGGAUGUGGCUCUGCUGUUUCUGCAACAUCAGGGGCCUCCUUUGGACAAGGCAGUGGCAGCAUCUACCUGGACGAUGUGAACUGUGCAGGCUGGGAGUCAUCCAUCUUCCAGUGCAGUCACCGUGGUUGGGGCGUCCACAAUUGCGGCCACAGUGAAGAUGCUGGUGUUGUGUGCUCAGGUACCACUGAUGCCACCAUCAGCCUGGUGAACGGCGGGAGCCGCUGCGAGGGUCGCGUGGAGAUUUCCCACUCUGGGGGCCGGGGCACUGUCUGUGACGAUGGCUGGGACCUGAGCGAUGCCCAGGUGGUGUGCAGGCAGCUGGGAUGUGGCUCUGCUGUUUCUGCAACAUCAGGGGCCUCCUUUGGACAAGGCAGUGGCAGCAUCUACCUGGACGAUGUGAACUGUGCAGGCUGGGAGUCAUCCAUCUUCCAGUGCAGUCACCGUGGUUGGGGCGUCCACAAUUGCGGCCACAGUGAAGAUGCUGGUGUUGUGUGCUCAGAUGCUGCAAGCAUAACUACAGACUACCCCACCACCUCCACUUCUUCAGUUGUGUUUUCCACACCUCCUUCUCUCCCAGAUGCCACCAUCAGCCUGGUGAACGGCGGGAGCCGCUGCGAGGGUCGCGUGGAGAUUUCCCACUCUGGGGGCCGGGGCACUGUCUGUGACGAUGGCUGGGACCUGAGCGAUGCCCAGGUGGUGUGCAGGCAGCUGGGAUGUGGCUCUGCUGUUUCUGCAACAUCAGGGGCCUCCUUUGGACAAGGCAGUGGCAGCAUCUACCUGGACGAUGUGAACUGUGCAGGCUGGGAGUCAUCCAUCUUCCAGUGCAGUCACCGUGGUUGGGGCGUCCACAAUUGCGGCCACAGUGAAGAUGCUGGUGUUGUGUGCUCAGAUGCUGCAAGCAUAACUACAGACUACCCCACCACCUCCACUUCUUCAGUGAAGAUGCUGAUGUGUGCUCAGGUUUCCACACCUCUUUCUCUCCCAGGUGCCACCAUCAGCCUGGUGAACGGCGGGAGCCGCUGCGAGGGUCGCGUGGAGAUUUCCCACUCUGGGGGCCGGGGCACUGUCUGUGACGAUGACUGGGACCUGAGCGAUGCCCAGGUGGUGUGCAGGCAGCUGGGAUGUGGCUCUGCUGUUUCUGCAACAUCAGGGGCCUCCUUUGGACAAGGCAGUGGCAGCAUCUACCUGGACGAUGUGAACUGUGCAGGCUGGGAGUCAUCCAUCUUCCAGUGCAGUCACCGUGGUUGGGGCGUCCACAAUUGCGGCCACAGUGAAGAUGCUGGUGUUGUGUGCUCAGGUACCACUGAUGCCACCAUCAGCCUGGUGAACGGCGGGAGCCGCUGCGAGGGUCGCGUGGAGAUUUCCCACUCUGGGGGCCGGGGCACUGUCUGUGACGAUGGCUGGGACCUGAGCGAUGCCCAGGUGGUGUGCAGGCAGCUGGGAUGUGGCUCUGCUGUUUCUGCAACAUCAGGGGCCUCCUUUGGACAAGGCAGUGGCAGCAUCUACCUGGACGAUGUGAACUGUGCAGGCUGGGAGUCAUCCAUCUUCCAGUGCAGUCACCGUGGUUGGGGCGUCCACAAUUGCGGCCACAGUGAAGAUGCUGGUGUUGUGUGCUCAGAUGCUGCAAGCAUAACUACAGACUACCCCACCACCUCCACUUCUUCAGUUGUGUUUUCCACACCUCCUUCUCUCCCAGAUGCCACCAUCAGCCUGGUGAACGGCGGGAGCCGCUGCGAGGGUCGCGUGGAGAUUUCCCACUCUGGGGGCCGGGGCACUGUCUGUGACGAUGGCUGGGACCUGAGCGAUGCCCAGGUGGUGUGCAGGCAGCUGGGAUGUGGCUCUGCUGUUUCUGCAACAUCAGGGGCCUCCUUUGGACAAGGCAGUGGCAGCAUCUACCUGGACGAUGUGAACUGUGCAGGCUGGGAGUCAUCCAUCUUCCAGUGCAGUCACCGUGGUUGGGGCGUCCACAAUUGCGGCCACAGUGAAGAUGCUGGUGUUGUGUGCUCAGGUACCACUGGUGCCACCAUCAGCCUGGUGAACGGCGGGAGCCGCUGCGAGGGUCGCGUGGAGAUUUCCCACUCUGGGGGCCGGGGCACUGUCUGUGACGAUGACUGGGACCUGAGCGAUGCCCAGGUGGUGUGCAGGCAGCUGGGAUGUGGCUCUGCUGUUUCUGCAACAUCAGGGGCCUCCUUUGGACAAGGCAGUGGCAGCAUCUACCUGGACGAUGUGAACUGUGCAGGCUGGGAGUCAUCCAUCUUCCAGUGCAGUCACCGUGGUUGGGGCGUCCACAAUUGCGGCCACAGUGAAGAUGCUGGUGUUGUGUGCUCAGGUACCACUGGUGCCACCAUCAGCCUGGUGAACGGCGGGAGCCGCUGCGAGGGUCGCGUGGAGAUUUCCCACUCUGGGGGCCGGGGCACUGUCUGUGACGAUGGCUGGGACCUGAGCGAUGCCCAGGUGGUGUGCAGGCAGCUGGGAUGUGGCUCUGCUGUUUCUGCAACAUCAGGGGCCUCCUUUGGACAAGGCAGUGGCAGCAUCUACCUGGACGAUGUGAACUGUGCAGGCUGGGAGUCAUCCAUCUUCCAGUGCAGUCACCGUGGUUGGGGCGUCCACAAUUGCGGCCACAGUGAAGAUGCUGGUGUUGUGUGCUCAGGUACCACUGUCCACAAUUGUGCCACCAUCAGCCUGGUGAACGGCGGGAGCCGCUGCGAGGGUCGCGUGGAGAUUUCCCACUCUGGGGGCCGGGGCACUGUCUGUGACGAUGGCUGGGACCUGAGCGAUGCCCAGGUGGUGUGCAGGCAGCUGGGAUGUGGCUCUGCUGUUUCUGCAACAUCAGGGGCCUCCUUUGGACAAGGCAGUGGCAGCAUCUACCUGGACGAUGUGAACUGUGCAGGCUGGGAGUCAUCCAUCUUCCAGUGCAGUCACCGUGGUUGGGGCGUCCACAAUUGCGGCCACAGUGAAGAUGCUGGUGUUGUGUGCUCAGGUACCACUGGUGCCACCAUCAGCCUGGUGAACGGCGGGAGCCGCUGCGAGGGUCGCGUGGAGAUUUCCCACUCUGGGGGCCGGGGCACUGUCUGUGACGAUGGCUGGGACCUGAGCGAUGCCCAGGUGGUGUGCAGGCAGCUGGGAUGUGGCUCUGCUGUUUCUGCAACAUCAGGGGCCUCCUUUGGACAAGGCAGUGGCAGCAUCUACCUGGACGAUGUGAACUGUGCAGGCUGGGAGUCAUCCAUCUUCCAGUGCAGUCACCGUGGUUGGGGCGUCCACAAUUGCGGCCACAGUGAAGAUGCUGGUGUUGUGUGCUCAGGUACCACUGGUCUGACUGCCUGCAUCCUGGUGAACGGCGGGAGCCGCUGCGAGGGUCGCGUGGAGAUUUCCCACUCUGGGGGCCGGGGCACUGUCUGUGACGAUGACUGGGACCUGAGUGAUGCCCAGGUGGUGUGCAGGCAGCUGGGAUGUGGAGAUGCUGUUUCUGCAACAUCAGGGGCCUCCUUUGGACAAGGCAGUGGCAGCAUCUACCUGGACGAUGUGAACUGUGCAGGCUGGGAGUCAUCCAUCUUCCAGUGCAGUCACCGUGGUUGGGGCGUCCACAAUUGCGGCCACAGUGAAGAUGCUGGUGUUGUGUGCUCAGGUACCACUGAUGCCACCAUCAGCCUGGUGAACGGCGGGAGCCGCUGCGAGGGUCGCGUGGAGAUUUCCCACUCUGGGGGCCGGGGCACUGUCUGUGACGAUGACUGGGACCUGAGCGAUGCCCAGGUGGUGUGCAGGCAGCUGGGAUGUGGCUCUGCUGUUUCUGCAACAUCAGGGGCCUCCUUUGGACAAGGCAGUGGCAGCAUCUACCUGGACGAUGUGAACUGUGCAGGCUGGGAGUCAUCCAUCUUCCAGUGCAGUCACCGUGGUUGGGGCGUCCACAAUUGCGGCCACAGUGAAGAUGCUGGUGUUGUGUGCUCAGAUGCUGCAAGCAUAACUACAGACUACCCCACCACCUCCACUUCUUCAGGUGCCCCAAGAACAACUACAUUUAGGCCCAUCAACUCCGUUCCUUCAGGUGCCACCAUCAGCCUGGUGAACGGCGGGAGCCGCUGCGAGGGUCGCGUGGAGAUUUCCCACUCUGGGGGCCGGGGCACUGUCUGUGACGAUGACUGGGACCUGAGCGAUGCCCAGGUGGUGUGCAGGCAGCUGGGAUGUGGCUCUGCUGUUUCUGCAACAUCAGGGGCCUCCUUUGGACAAGGCAGUGGCAGCAUCUACCUGGACGAUGUGAACUGUGCAGGCUGGGAGUCAUCCAUCUUCCAGUGCAGUCACCGUGGUUGGGGCGUCCACAAUUGCGGCCACAGUGAAGAUGCUGGUGUUGUGUGCUCAGGUACCACUGAGGGUGCCACCAUCAGCCUGGUGAACGGCGGGAGCCGCUGCGAGGGUCGCGUGGAGAUUUCCCACUCUGGGGGCCGGGGCACUGUCUGUGACGAUGGCUGGGACCUGAGCGAUGCCCAGGUGGUGUGCAGGCAGCUGGGAUGUGGCUCUGCUGUUUCUGCAACAUCAGGGGCCUCCUUUGGACAAGGCAGUGGCAGCAUCUACCUGGACGAUGUGAACUGUGCAGGCUGGGAGUCAUCCAUCUUCCAGUGCAGUCACCGUGGUUGGGGCGUCCACAAUUGCGGCCACAGUGAAGAUGCUGGUGUUGUGUGCUCAGGUACCACUGGUGCCACCAUCAGCCUGGUGAACGGCGGGAGCCGCUGCGAGGGUCGCGUGGAGAUUUCCCACUCUGGGGGCCGGGGCACUGUCUGUGACGAUGACUGGGACCUGAGUGAUGCCCAGGUGGUGUGCAGGCAGCUGGGAUGUGGCUCUGCUGUUUCUGCAACAUCAGGGGCCUCCUUUGGACAAGGCAGUGGCAGCAUCUACCUGGACGAUGUGAACUGUGCAGGCUGGGAGUCAUCCAUCUUCCAGUGCAGUCACCGUGGUUGGGGCGUCCACAAUUGCGGCCACAGUGAAGAUGCUGGUGUUGUGUGCUCAGAUGCUGCAAGCAUAACUACAGACUACCCCACCACCUCCACUUCUUCAGAUGCCACCAUCAGCCUGGUGAACGGCGGGAGCCGCUGCGAGGGUCGCGUGGAGAUUUCCCACUCUGGGGGCCGGGGCACUGUCUGUGACGAUGACUGGGACCUGAGCGAUGCCCAGGUGGUGUGCAGGCAGCUGGGAUGUGGCUCUGCUGUUUCUGCAACAUCAGGGGCCUCCUUUGGACAAGGCAGUGGCAGCAUCUACCUGGACGAUGUGAACUGUGCAGGCUGGGAGUCAUCCAUCUUCCAGUGCAGUCACCGUGGUUGGGGCGUCCACAAUUGCGGCCACAGUGAAGAUGCUGGUGUUGUGUGCUCAGGUACCACUGGUCUGACUGCCUGCAUCCUGGUGAACGGCGGGAGCCGCUGCGAGGGUCGCGUGGAGAUUUCCCACUCUGGGGGCCGGGGCACUGUCUGUGACGAUGACUGGGACCUGAGUGAUGCCCAGGUGGUGUGCAGGCAGCUGGGAUGUGGAGAUGCUGUUUCUGCAACAUCAGGGGCCUCCUUUGGACAAGGCAGUGGCAGCAUCUACCUGGACGAUGUGAACUGUGCAGGCUGGGAGUCAUCCAUCUUCCAGUGCAGUCACCGUGGUUGGGGCGUCCACAAUUGCGGCCACAGUGAAGAUGCUGGUGUUGUGUGCUCAGGUACCACUGAUGCCACCAUCAGCCUGGUGAACGGCGGGAGCCGCUGCGAGGGUCGCGUGGAGAUUUCCCACUCUGGGGGCCGGGGCACUGUCUGUGACGAUGACUGGGACCUGAGCGAUGCCCAGGUGGUGUGCAGGCAGCUGGGAUGUGGCUCUGCUGUUUCUGCAACAUCAGGGGCCUCCUUUGGACAAGGCAGUGGCAGCAUCUACCUGGACGAUGUGAACUGUGCAGGCUGGGAGUCAUCCAUCUUCCAGUGCAGUCACCGUGGUUGGGGCGUCCACAAUUGCGGCCACAGUGAAGAUGCUGGUGUUGUGUGCUCAGGUACCACUGGUCUGACUGCCUGCAUCCUGGUGAACGGCGGGAGCCGCUGCGAGGGUCGCGUGGAGAUUUCCCACUCUGGGGGCCGGGGCACUGUCUGUGACGAUGACUGGGACCUGAGUGAUGCCCAGGUGGUGUGCAGGCAGCUGGGAUGUGGAGAUGCUGUUUCUGCAACAUCAGGGGCCUCCUUUGGACAAGGCAGUGGCAGCAUCUACCUGGACGAUGUGAACUGUGCAGGCUGGGAGUCAUCCAUCUUCCAGUGCAGUCACCGUGGUUGGGGCGUCCACAAUUGCGGCCACAGUGAAGAUGCUGGUGUUGUGUGCUCAGGUACCACUGAUGCCACCAUCAGCCUGGUGAACGGCGGGAGCCGCUGCGAGGGUCGCGUGGAGAUUUCCCACUCUGGGGGCCGGGGCACUGUCUGUGACGAUGACUGGGACCUGAGCGAUGCCCAGGUGGUGUGCAGGCAGCUGGGAUGUGGCUCUGCUGUUUCUGCAACAUCAGGGGCCUCCUUCGGACAAGGCAGUGGCAGCAUCUACCUGGACGAUGUGAACUGUGCAGGCUGGGAGUCAUCCAUCUUCCAGUGCAGUCACCGUGGUUGGGGCGUCCACAAUUGCGGCCACAGUGAAGAUGCUGGUGUUGUGUGCUCAGAUGCCACCAUCAGCCUGGUGAACGGCGGGAGCCGCUGCGAGGGUCGCGUGGAGAUUUCCCACUCUGGGGGCCGGGGCACUGUCUGUGACGAUGACUGGGACCUGAGCGAUGCCCAGGUGGUGUGCAGGCAGCUGGGAUGUGGCUCUGCUGUUUCUGCAACAUCAGGGGCCUCCUUCGGACAAGGCAGUGGCAGCAUCUACCUGGACGAUGUGAACUGUGCAGGCUGGGAGUCAUCCAUCUUCCAGUGCAGUCACCGUGGUUGGGGCGUCCACAAUUGCGGCCACAGUGAAGAUGCUGGUGUUGUGUGCUCAGGUACCACUGAGGGUGCCACCAUCAGCCUGGUGAACGGCGGGAGCCGCUGCGAGGGUCGCGUGGAGAUUUCCCACUCUGGGGGCCGGGGCACUGUCUGUGACGAUGGCUGGGACCUGAGCGAUGCCCAGGUGGUGUGCAGGCAGCUGGGAUGUGGCUCUGCUGUUUCUGCAACAUCAGGGGCCUCCUUUGGACAAGGCAGUGGCAGCAUCUACCUGGACGAUGUGAACUGUGCAGGCUGGGAGUCAUCCAUCUUCCAGUGCAGUCACCGUGGUUGGGGCGUCCACAAUUGCGGCCACAGUGAAGAUGCUGGUGUUGUGUGCUCAGGUACCACUGGUGCCACCAUCAGCCUGGUGAACGGCGGGAGCCGCUGCGAGGGUCGCGUGGAGAUUUCCCACUCUGGGGGCCGGGGCACUGUCUGUGACGAUGGCUGGGACCUGAGCGAUGCCCAGGUGGUGUGCAGGCAGCUGGGAUGUGGCUCUGCUGUUUCUGCAACAUCAGGGGCCUCCUUUGGACAAGGCAGUGGCAGCAUCUACCUGGACGAUGUGAACUGUGCAGGCUGGGAGUCAUCCAUCUUCCAGUGCAGUCACCGUGGUUGGGGCGUCCACAAUUGCGGCCACAGUGAAGAUGCUGGUGUUGUGUGCUCAGGUACCACUGAUGCCACCACCAUCAGCCUGGUGAACGGCGGGAACCGCUGCGAGGGUCGCGUGGAGAUUUCCCACUCUGGGGGCCGGGGCACUGUCUGUGACGAUGACUGGGACCUGAGCGAUGCCCAGGUGGUGUGCAGGCAGCUGGGAUGUGGAGAUGCUGUUUCUGCAACAUCAGGGGCCUCCUUUGGACAAGGCAAUGGCAGCAUCUACCUGGACGAUGUGAACUGCAUGGGAUCAGAAUCAUCCCUCUUCCAGUGCAGCCACCGUGGUUGGGGCGUCCACAAUUGUGGCCACGGUGAAGAUGCUGGUGUUGUGUGCUCAGGUACCACUGCUCCCUACGUCCACCUGGUGAACGGAAGGCACCGGUGUGAAGGUCGUGUUGAGAUCUACUACCGGGGACGGUCGGGGACAGUGUGUGAUGACUUCUGGGACCUCCCUGACGCCCAGGUUGUGUGCAGGCAGCUGGGCUGUGGCAGGGCCAUUGCAGCUCUGGGAAGUGCCUACUUCGGGCAGGGCUCGGGUGACAUCGUGCUGGACAACGUGAGGUGCAGUGGAAAUGAGGCGUCCUUGCUGCGCUGCAACCACACGGGGUGGAGGAUCCACAACUGCGCCCACUACGAAGACGCUUCUGUUGUCUGUUCAGACAACCACCUCAGCAGAGAUGCCCCCUGCCUGGCCUUGCAGCAGCCCCGUUCACCUUAUUUUUGUGGUGGCUCAGUCUCAGAUCCCUCUGGGGUGCUGCAGAGUCCCAACUACCCAGGAAAUUAUCCAAACGACGCUGACUGCGUGUGGGAAAUACAAGUGGAGAAUAAUUUCCGUGUAACACUGACAUUUAGAGAUAUUGUGAUGCAAAGCGGGAUGUGCCAGCACGACUACAUUGAAGUCUAUGAUGGACCUCUCCACUCUUCCCCUCUUCUUGGGAGAUUCUGUUCUGGCUCCUUUCCCACAUACGUGUCCUCUUCAAACAUGAUGAGUGUUCGCUUCCACAGUGAUUCCAGAUUCUCCUUCAGAGGCUUUCAGGCUCACUACUCCUCCAUUCCAGCAGGUCACAACACCACCAUUCAGUGCUUGCCAGACUACAUGCAUGUAGUGGUCAGCAGAGAUUACCUCCAGUCCCAGGGAUACUCAGCACGGAGGGUCACCUUGAAUGACAAUCACUGCAGACCGACAGUCACCUCACAGGAGGUUGUAUUCAACAUCCCCUACAACGGCUGUGGGACAAUACAAGAGGAGAACAACGACACCAUCAACUACUCCAACACCAUCAGGGUCGCAUCUUCCGGGUACAUAAUCAAGAGGAAGAAGAACAUCAACUUGCACGUCAGCUGCAAAAUGCUGAGGAAGAGCUGGCAGCAGGUGGUGUACGCCGCUGAGGACACCGUGGAUGUGGACGAGUACCAGUUUGGGAGAUACAACAUGAACAUCACCUUCUACGAGUCCCCGGCGUUCCAGCGCCAAGUGCGCGCCUCUCCCUACUACAUCGGCCUCAACCAAAACCUCUACCUGCAAGCCUGUCUCCACAGCUCGGACCCAAACCUGAAGGUGGUUGUGGACACCUGUGUGGCAGCACCUGACCCCCGGGAUUUUAACACGCUGGCCUAUUACUUAGUCAGGAAUGGGUGUCCUAGAGAUUCUUCCUAUGCCACCUACUACUCCCCUUCCAGCCACUUUGCUCGGUUCAAGUUCAACGCCUUCGAGUUCAUGAGCCGGCACCCGUCGGUGUACCUCAAGUGCCAGAUGCUGGUCUGCAGGCUCGGGGACUACUCCUCCCACUGCUACAGGGGCUGCAGCUCCAGGCCCAAGAGGGACACCAGCCCUGCUGAGGAACAAGUGGAUGUGGUGGUUGGGCCCCUCCAGCUCCGAGGAGGGGAUGCUCCCAGUGAGAGCGCUGGGAAAGAUGAAUAA